UUUUGUUGUGAAACCAAAUUAUCUGGCAUUCUUCGGCAAAUUGCCUGCUGCAAGAUUUUUUUCCUAUUUGCUUUUCGGCUUUGUUUGGUGGUCAGGGCUAAUCAGAAGAUGAUUGAUGUUAAAGCCUGGGCAGAGUACGUUGUCGAGUGGGCAGCCAAAGACCCUUAUGGCUUCCUCACGACAAUCAUUCUCGCUUUGACCCCACUCUUCAUCGCUAGUGCUCUGCUUUCCUGGAAACUUGCGAAGAUGAUUGAGGCCAGGGACCGCGAGCAGAAAAAGAAGCAGAAGCGUCAGGAGAACAUAGCAAAAGCCAAGAGGGCAAAGAAGGACUGAACUGAAACCUCAAGUAAUUCUGUGGGAUCGGUGCAUAUGUUCCUCUGUCUGGCCAUGCCCCACUUACAGCUGUAUCAGAGCCCAGAACAGCUCCUGCAGAGGCCAGGUUAUAACAGGGCACAAACACAGCCUUGUCACAUGCUAGGGGAGUGUGGGUUCAGUGGGCUAAUUAAGAUCACUUUUACUGAACUGCUGUUUUUCUGGAAAAUUCUGUGUAUCUUGGAGAAUUCAAUGUUAUACCAUGUUACCAUUGCAUCACUCAGCAUUCCAAUACCUUUUAAAGUGUACUGUCUGCACAUCUGAUUCAUUAAUCGUUUUAGAAAUAAUAUUACUAUUAAAAAAUUCUUACCAA